GAAGCAAUGGGUUGGCGUCUCUGAUUUCGGAGCUGAUCGUUGGCCCUCGCCUGAAGCUGCCAUUGCUCGUGAAUUGUUUGUUCUCCGUCACUUCUGUUUUCUAGCGUCGUUAGAUUAGAAUGGAUGGGCAACAUCAGAAGCAAAAAAACAAGUACAGUAUAAUUGUUCCAACCUAUAAUGAGCGUCUCAACAUUGGUCUCAUUGUUUACCUCAUUUUCAAGCACCUUCGGGAUGUGGAUUUUGAAAUUAUUGUUGUGGAUGAUGGGAGUCCAGAUGGUACUCAGGAUGUUGUAAAACAACUACAGCAGGUUUAUGGAGAAGAUCGGAUUCUGCUAAGAGCACGACCUAGGAAACUGGGUUUAGGAACUGCUUAUAUUCAUGGCAUGAAGCAUGCAUCUGGAAAUUUUGUCGUCAUCAUGGAUGCUGAUCUAUCACACCAUCCAAAAUAUUUGCCAAGCUUCAUUAGAAAGCAGUUGGAAACCAGUGCUGAUAUAGUUAUAGGGACUCGUUAUGUUAAAGGUGGUGGUGUGCAUGGAUGGAAUCUUAUGCGCAAGCUAACUAGCAGGGGAGCAAAUGUUCUUGCACAAACGCUAUUAUGGCCUGGUGUUUCAGAUUUGACAGGGUCUUUUAGACUUUACAGGAAAUCAGUGCUUGAAGAUAUCAUUAGUUGCUGUGUUAGUAAGGGAUAUGUCUUUCAAAUGGAGAUGAUAGUACGAGCAUCCAGAAAAGGGUAUCAUAUUGAGGAGGUUCCAAUCACGUUUGUUGAUAGAGUAUUUGGAAGUUCAAAGCUUGGUGGAUCAGAGAUUGUUGAAUACCUGAAAGGCCUAGCGUAUCUUUUGGUGACAACAUAAAAGACAAAUCAUAACUACCCAUACAUGUCUUACAGUUUAGGAAAAAAACUAUAUAGAUUCUGUUGUUGAAUUACCUGCUUAUUGAGGACGACGUCUUGGUUGCCAGAAUCUCCGUAACUUUCCUUUUGAGUUUAGCAAGAAGCAUUUGUAUGGUUCUCUAUGUUUAUAACUGUUUGUGAACCUUGAUAAUUAAUUGUUUCUGGUUUUGC